AUGACCAGCAGAAGUUUUGCUAACUCCGAUGCACGACACUACAGCUAUGAGUGCAAGGCUACAACACAAGAGCGCCCAUAUAUCCCGCGGCCGUCUCGGACUCAACAGCUACUGAACCCAAAAUUGGUUCCCAAGCUCUCCAAUGACAAUCCAAAUGAACUACUACGAACAGAAGGUGUGGCAGAUGAACUACUUGCCAGUCGGGAGGAAGAACGUGGUCGGAAGAGAGACCUUGAGGAUAUGAAAGACCGCCGCGCCGACUCUUCGAAGAGGGCCAGAUCGAUCUCCAUGAGCUCAAUCUCAACAAUAUCCACAAACCGGUCUUAUUCCGCGUCUCCCCGCCGCAACGGACACGGCGCACACGACAACAGUCGUCGAGACUCUUCUACAUCACCAGUCCCAACCAAAACCCGAAAGAGACGCUACAGUGACUCUUCAGAGGGCCGCGAUGGCUCCGUGCACUCAGGACCCAAACAGCGCUCACCACCCAGAGAGCGAACCGAUGACCGGAACACCCGGCGGCGACGCAGAGAAUCUAGCCCCGAGGAGCGGGGACGCCACCGCGGAGAAGGAAGACACAGCGAGCGUAGACAUCGCCGCAGCAGAAGUGCAGAUAAGGAUCGUGUACCAAAGGAAAGACGUUCUAUGACACCAGAUGCUCCUCGUGAUCGUGACCACUCAUACCGAGAUCGAGCUAGCCCACCACGCCAGUCUCAACCAGAGAGAUUUAGGCAGGAACCCAAAACGCAGUCUAACCAGCCUCCUCGGGAGCGAAGCUUGAGCCCUUUCAGCAAGCGCCUUGCUUUGACUCAAGCUAUGAACAUUGGACGAUAA